ACUACCCACACGCAUUCCAUGUGUAGCCCAGGCAAACUUUUGUAAGGCUUCCUGUCAUAAAGAUUCUCUCAGGGACUGUCUUUGCUCUCACCAAGGAGCAGCUGCUCCCUUUCUUGCACCCCACGUGGGUCAGGAGAGCGACACUCGCCAGGAUGGGUCACAGGAGAGAGCAACAGAAAAGCUCAACUGUCUGAUUAUCUUUACUCUGUGUUUAUUUUGCCUUUGUGUCAGCAUUUUAUUGGAUUUUUAAGACUGGUAAGUUUAAGGAGACUCUCUCAUUGUAUCUUUAAAUUUACAGGGUACACAGGACAGCUCACAGCAAGCCGACAAGAAUGAAAUGUUCUAAGCAAAAGACAGUACACGGAGACAGGAAAAUGCAUGACCCACCGAAACGAUCACUGCAGCUUAUAUUAAUAGCUCAGGACUGCACCCCACACCACCCCAAUGAAGAGCCAUCGGGCAGGCACCUGCAGCCCCGGGACAAGGGCAGUCUGUGGCCUUAUUUAUGGAUAUUCCUCGGCAGGGACUAACCAAGGGAUUCCCUGACUUUGUGGUAGCAAGUCCUGCCGUUCCAGCCCUGUAACGCCAAACCUAGAAGUUGUUAUUUCAGGCACUUCUGAUGCUCUGCAUCUCUCUGAACCAUGUCCAGCCACUGCCGAUCCAACCGGUAAUCGGGAGAUGGUGUGUUUUUCCUGAACAACCUGAGCAACAGGUAGCUCAGUGCGGAUGGAGCGCUAGCCACCGACAGGAUGCUUUCCUGCAAUGGUCACUGCUUUACGAAGACAUAUGGAGACAUCCUUGUGACAAACCAAGGACAAGGGGAAGAAGCACUAAGGAUUACUUUUCUCUAGAGGAAUUUUUGCUCCGUUGCUGUUCUGCUUGGCCCUGCUUGCUUGUUUUAUAAGCACAGAAACUUAAAUGCAAUUUCUUCAUCUUUAGAGUUUCCCUGACGGCUCAAGAUUUCAGACUCAGGUACAGCCCUCUAUCACAUCCGAUAUCUGAGGUUGUCUGUGAGCUCCUAACACAGACCAGAACAAACUGAACUAAGAUGCGGACAUGCCUUUCACAUAGGCAGCAAUUUUCCUUCUGCUAAUAAAAACUACUGUCUGUACUACUAUUCUCAUUCUGACCCAUUUGUGGAAAACAUAUGGAUUCCUGUUCUCUGCAUUAAGGAAUAUUUCUUAAUAUUAAUGGGAUUGUUUAGGCUGUAGGAAGCUGAAGGGAGACCUCAUCACACUCUUCAACUACCUGAAAGGAGGUUAUAGUGAGUUGGGUGUUGGUCUUUUCUCCCAAGUAACAAGGUAUAGGACAAGAGGAAAUGGCCUCAAGUUGUGCCAGGGAAGGUUUAGAUUGGAUAUUAUGAAAUAUUACUUAAAGGAAAGGGUCAUCAAGCACUGGCAUAGCUGCCCAGGGAAGUGGUGGAGUCACCAUCCCCAGAGGGGUUUAGAAGAUGUGUAGAUGUGGUUCUUAGGGACAUGGUUUAGUGGUGGACUUGGUGGUGUUGGGUUUACUGUUGGACUCGAUGAUCUUAAAUGUCUUUUCCAACCCCAACAAUUCUACAAUUCCAUGAUAUACUAUACAGCACUUUAAAUGUUUGUAAAAUGUGAAGAUUACAAUUAAACAAACUCUUACACAAUCUAAGCAGAAAAUUUAAAUGAAUCUUUUAAAAGAAGUCUUUGAAAUCUGGAGAUUUUGUGGCUAGUGUUUUGGCUUUGUCUUUAUCUCUCUUAAACAGGUUGCAUUAAAGUAAAACUUUGCUGUUGCAAAUAGAGCUUGCUAACAUGAAACUCACUGGAAUCGUCUGCAUCCAGGAGCACUAUGGAGCAAUUCUCAACAUGGAGGAGAAAUUGUUACACGUGUCUGGUAACAAAAGACAGUAUUUCACUGACAGAAAACUUAUACUGAGUGGGGCAGCAACAACCUGGCCCCAAAUCUCUAACUCUGAAGUGAACGGAAAUGCUGGAGCACUGGAUGAAAAGAAUAUGAAAGCAGUGGUGACAGGAGGUGGAGGCUAUUUCGGAUACAAGCUGGGAUGUGCUCUUGCCAGUGCAGGAGCCUCUGUUGUUCUGUAUGACAUACAUAGGCCUGUCUGGGAAAUUCCCAGUGGAGCAGUGUGUAUCCAGGCAGAUGUCAGGGAUUAUGAUGCCAUAUUUGCAGCCUGUGAAGGGGCUGACUGUGUGUUUCAUGUAGCUUCAUAUGGAAUGUCAGGAAGAGAGCAAUUGCACAGAGAAGAGAUCGAAACUGUAAACAUUUGUGGGACAAGAUUCAUCAUUGAUGCCUGCAAACAAAGGAACAUCACUAGACUGAUCUACACCAGUACAGUAAAUGUGGUGUUUGGAGGGCUUCCUAUUGAAGAUGGUGAUGAGGAAACUGUGCCAUAUUUUCCUAUAGAAAAGCAUGUUGAUCAUUAUUCCAGAACCAAAUCAAUUGCAGAACAAAUGGUACUAGCAGCUAAUGGAACUCCACUAGCAGGAGGUGGAGUACUCUACACGUGUGUUCUUCGCCCACCAGGAAUCUAUGGACCAGAAGAGCAAAGACACUUGCCAAGGCUAGCAAAAUAUAUUGAGAGAGGGCUACUCAGCUUCAAGUUUGGGGAUCCUGCUGCUAAAAUGAACUGGGUGCAUGCAGAGAAUCUUGUACAAGCUCAAAUUCUAGCUGCUGAAGCUCUCACCCCUGCAAAGAACUACAUAGCUAGUGGCCAGGUGUAUUUCAUUAAUGAUGGCGAAAAAUUCAACCUUUUUGAAUGGCUAACUCCACUUUUUGAAAGGUUAGGCUGCAGUAAACCUUGGAUACGUAUUCCUACUUCCUUAGUUUAUGCAUCAGCCAUGGUAAUGGAAUAUCUUCAUCUGAUGCUGAAACCGUUUGUUGAGCUGUCCCCACUGCUGACCAGAAAUGAGGUACAGAACAUCUCAAUAACUCACACAUUUCGAAUAGACAAGGCGCGGAGUCAGCUGGGGUACAGCCCAGAGAAGUUUGCAUUUGCUGAUUCCGUGGACCAUUACAUUAAAACCAGACCAGAAGCCCAGAAUCAUCACAUCUUCCUCAAAGUUUUGCUUUCAUUAAUUGUUAGUUCAAGUUUGAUAUUUCUUUCUUUACGUUUUGAUGGCCUUUCCGUUUUGCACUUUUUUAAAGAAACACAACACUGACCUGCACAAAGCGCACAUACCCUGUUAUAGUACAGCUCCCUGCAUCAUUCUCAUCUCCACCGCAGUUCCUGGCCCCGAUGUAUUAAACAGGCUGUUAUUUUUAGUUUGGAAACCAAAAAUAUAACAUACCAGCCUCUGUACUUAAGAAAUUAAAACAAAGAAUUACAGCCAAAUCACUGAAACACACUGGAGUCGAGAUUGUUGCAUGUUUCACUCCAAAAAAACCCAACUUUUCAAACUGAUUGCUGAAUUAAAUGAGAACCUGCAGAAGGAACACGCGCUACAGCCAGCUGGGAACGCUUCAUGGGUGAAAAAGAGUGGCUAAAAGGACAAAGACUGGCCAUGGCUCACAGCCUUGAGGAACUGAGGAGCGACCAAAGAGAGGGCACAGCAGACUGCUGUCACUACCAUACACCAGCCUGACACAGAGUUCACACUGUGUGAAUUCCUUUUGUCAAUGAUCUGGUUCACUGCAGAUGAGGGGAAAAUAAAAGCAUCCUUGAAAUUGGGCUGCGGUCCGUCCUGUGCUCUGUUCCAGCAGCGCUCCCUGCCAGGCUGCCCCGGGCCCUGCAGGCCUGCGAGGUGUGGCUCUACACAAGCCAAAAGCAUGGAUUUUAGUUA